AUGCGGAAAAUAUGCGAGUACUUCAUAUCACGCGCGAUCGCGCGGUUGGUGCGCGACGGCGGCGGUGAGGGCGAACGCGGGCGAGCGAGAGUGGACGCGAGCGCGGGCGAGGCGAGACUCGAGGACGUCGAGCUCGACGCGAACGUCGUCACGGCGUGGACGGGCGACUUUGAGGCGCGAACGGGUAUGGAGUUGGUGGCGGUGCGCGUGGGGGCGGUCACGGGGCGGAUUCCGUGGGAGGCGAUCGGGAGGGAGUCGUGCUCGUUGGAGCUCGAGGACGUGACGGUGACGACGCGACCGAGCGCGGGGAGCGGCGAAGCGGAGGUGUUUGACGCGCUCGAGAGAGAGGAUGGCGCGCGCGCGCAAGGGUCGGCGAUCAUGCGGCAAGCGUUGAAUGCGCUCUGUCGUGGGCUCAAGGCGCGAUUGAGAGGGGUAAACGUAGUGGUGCAAGACGCAGCGGGCGCGGGCAAGUUUCUCGUGCGACUCGAAUCGGCAGAGUAUACGCACGGGCAAGGGGUGAGUUUCUCGGGGAUGUCUGUGCGACGAAUCGCAACUGGCGUUGAAUGUUCGGUGUCCGAGGUCGUGGUGCGCGACGUUUCCGGGCACGCAGAGAUACCAAGUGAUUUCAGUCGCGUCGACGUCGAGUUGGAGACCAUCGAAACGACGGCUACAGUGCACGCGGUGAAGAAUUUCGUCGAUCUCGUGAACGCAUUUGGUUCCAAUGCAUCUUCUGCUCGCCUAAAACGGCCAUCGACGUCGAGACCGCGACGUUCAUUCAUCGACGAUGUGCUAUCGAGUGGGUCGGCCGCCAUGUACGCAAGCGCGUAUGAGGAAGCGAACGACGCCAUGGGCGAGAGCAUGGGUGACAGCGUUUACGAAGACUCAAACGAGGAGCUGAACGAAGAGUUCUUCGACGACGCAGAGGUAGCAAUACGGGAGUUGUCGGAAUCAUUGGGUAUCGAUUCUUCCGCGGAGCCUUCGAGUGCAACGACGGUCUUCACCGUUCAAUGUCCACAGUUUUCUAUGGAUGCGCCGUUCGACGACGUGGUGUGCAAACUGACGAUGACGGCGAUUAGAAUUGAAUUGUCGGAUCGAUUAGAUGUGAGCUGGAGUGACGCGCGAUGUAUUUACGGGUUCGACGACGACCAUGAGUUGGUUUUGCAUCUUUCUUCGGUUGGCGCCGAUGACAGGUGCGGUGUAGUCUUGCGUGACGACUGCGUGUCGAUGCAAAUGGGUCACGCCAAACUUGCAUUGAAUGGUGUCGAGUGCGUGACAGCGGCGUCCUUAAGUGAAAAUAUCACGGCGACAGUGUACUGGCUCGAAGAUCCAGCGUAUCGUCUAGACGGUUCGCUUCCCGAACGUUGUUUGGCCAAGGUGAAGAACAGGCGUGAAGCGAAUGAGACAGAUACAUGUCUUCGGGAGCAACUUGCGAACGACGCGUCACUGUUCGUUAAAUUGAAUGUGCCAAUUAUCGAAACUAGGUUGAGCAUCGAUGUGGUGGAAUCGGUUUCCACUAUCAUUCAGUCAAUGUACGAGCUUCCAGACAAUCACCCUAUGGCGCUGCGAGUCGCGACGCCCGACUCCGUCAUGACCCCCUUGGCGUUUGGAAUCGAUGUCGGCGCGCUUCGCAUGCAGCUUGAUGCCCCACUGACAGAUGGAACGUGUUCGACUUCCACCGACGAUGACUCUGUACUUGUCGAGUGCGAAUUGAGGCGUGCGCGUGUUUUUGCGGCGACAAACAUCGCUGGCGUUCUCGGUUCAGAUUUCGUAUGGACGCAGUUUGAUUCGGCUCGGGUUACUACUGAUAACGUCGAAACAGUCUUUGUCGAGUGUCGUAGUUCAGAUCAAGGCGCUUCGAAAUCAUCGCUCGCGUUUGCUCGCAUGGAGGGCGAGCCAGCAUGCGCAGACGUAAACGUCGUCGGAAUGUCGGCCUCGUUAACGCAGUGCGAGCCGCUUAUACGGCGCCUGAAUACUUUUGCUCCCGCAAGAGACGUCGAUGCCGAUACAAAUGUGUGCGAUUCUUCCACACUGUGUUUCUCUUUGAGUUUAUUCGAGUUGGUGCUCAUAUACAAGUCGAAUGACUCGUUCGCGCUCAUUCAGAAUGAUUUUUUGCGCAUUUCUUCCAAAGGGGUAGAAUGUUCGCAUGAUGCGGGGGUUUCGACCAGCUUUGGCGUCGAAAUGUACUGCAACGAGAUCAGUGCGUUUAUGGUGCCUCCCGAAAUCAAGGCAACUGACGGCAUUCGCACGUUACCGGCGUUUCCAUUCACGAAUUCUACUAUUUGCGCCGCGCGGUUUGCGCCGGUGAUGAAUGCAAAGGCGAUUUCGUUGAUUACGUCCUCUUCAAGCUCGAAGACUGCGAUCGCCACCGUCAGCACUCGAUCUUGCGUCGUGUCGCUUCAGAGAGACAUUUUGCGCGCGUUAAAGCGGCUAUUCAUGUCGGAAGUUGAAGGCGCUGAUCGUCCAGCGAGUCCGGCGAGCGGCGACGAGAACGAGUACGUCUUCGUGAGUCCUGUGAAGAAGGCCAGAGAUAUCUCGCACGCACGAUACUCGUCGAGCGUAACUGAGCAUGAAAUAGCCGCCGCGACUCGCGAUCACGACGAGAUGUUUCCUAGGCGACUCGAAGGCCAGAAGCGCGGAAGUACGGAAACUAGUGAGGCUCAUCACAGAAGUCUGUUAGUGCGACGUGACACGAACGCCCGAGUUGGACCGAACAUAAUCGAGAACUUCUUCUAUCGCAGCAAUCGACGAGUCCGUCGGAAGCGUAAAACGGUGUUGUUAGCGGCAGGGAGUGUCACGGCGGUGAGAAAGCAUAGUUCAAGUCGAGCGCGCGCCGGCGGCGUGAACGCCUCCAUUAUGAGUCGUAGUCGAUUUGCGGGUGAAUUCGUCGAAGCACGUCUACCGGCGAUGCCGCCGUCUUUACCGCGUGUCGGCGACCAUGCGCACACUCGAUACCUUCCGCUUCCAAAGGAUGUCGUCGUGCCGCAAAGCACGGUUCAUGUGAAUGGCGAAACGUUCGAUGUACACAUCUUGCCGGGGCUAUUCUGGUCCGAAUCGCCGACAAGUUUGCCGAGGCACGCGGAUUCUGUGGAGGUCGAUCCGCUCGGUGUAUCUGCAGGAAUCAAACUUUCACUGAAAACGAACACCGUGCGCGUUGACUCGUUCCCACAGCGCGAAGGCGAAACCGCGCAUCGCAUCGCGUGCGCGGUGCGCGACGCUGUUUGUACAGACGUCACCGCGGGCGCAACGUGGCCAAACGUAUUGAAAUACGACGUUCUCUCGGGCGAACGAGGCGAUCGAAGCGAUAUGUGUUCGUUGGACAUAAUGGCUGUUCGUCCGGAUGCGAAAACACCUUCCGAAGUUGAGUAUCUGUUCAAGGCCUCGUCGAUACCGAUUCACGUCAAGCUCGAUCAACGCGUCUUGAAGCUCGCGCUCGAUGUCUUUGCCGACGACUCUGAUGACUCUUCUCAUGUCGCAUCACCGCCACGUGAAGAGUCGAUAUACUUUCAAAAGAUUGAGAUCGAUCGGCUUUCGCUUCGUUUGGACUAUUGCGGUCGUCAAGUUGACAUUGACUCGCUGCGGUCUGGAAACUUGCUCGAGGCGCUGAAUCUCGUGCCUUGGGACGGGGUCCUUCUCGACAUCCAGCCGCUUCGGCUUACCGGAAUCGCUGGUGUAGUCCCGGUUGUGCAAACUGCCGUAAAUGCAUGGCUUGAUGACAUUACGCGCACACAAGCACACAAGUUUGUGCAAAGUGUGAAGCCAAUCAAAUCGGCGACCAACAUCGGCCGUCGAGCCGCCGGUCUGGUGUCCAAACCUCUGGAGUUUCAUCGAAACAACAGACGCGGCGGUGUUGUCGCUGGGUUCGCUCUCGGCGUCGCUUCUUUCGUUAAAGAGGUGUCACUAUCAUCGAUCGAACUCGGCGCUUUCGCCGCGGGUCAAUCCGCUGCCCUUCUCGCCGCCGCCGAAGGAAUGAUAGUGGACGCCGAACGCGAAAUCGAAGAUGUCUCUUCGCCGACGAACGUCUUUCACGGGCUCUCCCUCGCCAGUAAAACCGCGUGGCGCGGCGCACGUCGCGCCACCGACGCACUCGUCGUCGAGCCCAUCCGAGAUUACGCCACCGGCGAUGUCACGUCGUCUGCCGCGCUCCUCGGCGCCGUUCGCAAGGUUCCCUACGCCGCCGUCACCGGCGCCAAAGGUUUCACCAAAGCCGUCGAUCACGCCCUCUCCGGCGCGGUCGCCUCGUUCCGUCCACCUUCGCGCGACGCCGACGCAUCGUGCGACGCCGAUGAUUUCCCUUAGCCCUCUCCGUCAGUCGCCACUCCCGCUCG